AUGAAUGGGAAUACUUCGAUCAGCAAAUAUGCUCCACCUUUAUUCCUCGAGGUCGAGGAUAAGACCGAGGAGGCGUUGACAAAGUUUCAUAAUUUGCAAAUAUCGACUUACCAGCUGAAACUGAUUGCAGCACCUUCCAGCAACAAACGAGCAGAGUAUAUGACAUGUGAUUGUGAAGAAGAGUGGGAUGGAGAGCAGGAAAUGAACUUGGCAUGUGGUGAAGACUCCAACUGUAUAAAUAGACUUACAUCAGUUGAAUGUACUAAUCGGCAUUGUUUGUGUGGUGAUGAUUGUCAAAAUCAACGUUUUCAAAAACGACAAUAUGCAGAUGUAUCAGUUUUCCAAACUGAACUCAAGGGAUACGGUCUAAAAGCCAACAAACCCAUUUCGGAAGGGCAGUUCAUAUAUGAAUACAUUGGAGAAGUGAUUGAUGAAGGAGCAUUUCGUCAACGAAUGAUUGAAUACGAUAUGAAAAACUACAAGCAUUUUUAUUUCAUGAUGUUGAAACCAGAUGCAUUCAUUGAUGCCACGGAAAAGGGGUCACUUGCCAGAUUUGUAAAUCAUUCGUGCAAUCCCAAUGCAUUUGUUGAUAAAUGGGUUGUUGGAGAUAAAUUGCGUAUGGGAAUAUUUGCCAAGAGGAACAUUGCCAAAGGUGAAGAAAUUACUUUUGAUUAUAAUGUAGAUAGAUAUGGUGCUCAAUCACAACCUUGUUAUUGUGGAGAACCUAAUUGUAUCAAGUUUAUGGGUGGGAAGAAACAAACUGAUGCUGCAUUGUUGUUGCCUGAAGGUAUUGCUGAAGCCCUUGGUGUUACUUCGAAAAUGGAGAAAGCAUGGUUGAAGGAGAAUAAGCACUUACGUGGUGACCAGCAAGAUGAUGAUUCGACUAUUAAUGAGAUUUUUGUGCAGAGUUUAGAAAUUGAGCCUAUGGAUGAUGUUGAUGUUUCCAAAGUGAUGGCAGCAUUGCUUAAAUCACAGCAGCAGCUGAUCAUUGCGAAAUUGAUUAUGAGAAUGCAUAUGACCGAUGACCCUAGUGUAAACUCAUUGAUGGUUAAGAUGCAUGGAUACAAGACAUUGUCAGGUGUUUUGCAAGGUAUUGAGGAUGAAGAGUUGAUCAAAAUGGUUUUGGAAAUUUUGUCUAGGUGGCCAGCAAUGACCAAGAAUAGAAUCUCGUCAUCGCAGAUUGAGGAUGUUGUGAAGGAGAUCGAAGCUAACACGACAAAUGAGGAGAUCAAGCAACUAGCAUCAAACUUGUUGUCCCAAUGGUCAGUAUUGGAAAUGACAUAUCGGAUCCCCAAAACCCAAAAACCAGACCAGUCAUUAAUGGAAUCGUAUGGAAGAGUUUCAAGGUCACCUGAGCAUCGAAACGGUGAUACAUCUGGUGCCACGACUUUUAAUCAAUCAGAUCAUGGACACUAUUCGAAUAAUGCAUCACAAAUGUACUCAACAUCAAAUACCAUUGCACCAGUGUCGAAUCCCGAUUUUGGUUUACCACCAAAUUGGCGAUCCCAAUAUGACUCCAAUACUCAAAGGUAUUACUAUUACAAUGUCUUGACGAAUGAAACCACUUGGGAUAAACCAGGAGUAUCGAUGCCCACGCGACCGAAACUCCCAACCGGGCCCAGCAAUAUGGUUAAUCAAUAUUCACAAGUCCCGUACUCAAAUCUGCAUCACAGUAGUCCUCCACCGCGUAACAACAAUAUUGAAGAAGAAAUUGCCAGGCGUGAGGAAGAAAAAGAAAAACGAGAAAGAGAAGCUCGAGCUCAAGAGUUGACGGAGAAGGAACGGAAAUUGAGGGAAUUGAUCGAGCAGGCGAAAACGAUCAAGUCAACACCUGAGCCCGAAAAGAAAAGCAAACACAAACACAAGCAUGAGCAUAGAAGUAAACACAAACACGAACGUAGUAGACCAAACCCGCUGGGUGGGAAAAGGGCUGUUGCUGUUGCUGAGCAAGACGAUGAAGCCCGAGUUAAACACAAAUCAUCGAGUCACUCUCACAAGAAGAAAGAAGGUAAGGAAGUAUCACUUGAAUCUCAAUGGAAACACGUUAUGGCCAAACACGUACCAAAUUUACUUAAAUCAUAUGUUGAUGAGAUUGGCAAAGAUAACGUCAAGGGGUGUGCCAAGGAAAUCGUCAAUAAUUUAGCAGCUCGCGAAGCAAACAAGGGUGCACCACCAUCAUCAUCUAAGGAAUUGGAUAAGCACAAAUUGAAGAAAUUGAAGGAGUACUCCGACACAUAUAUGGAAAAAUUCUUAACCAAGUAUAGAAGCAAGCAUCAUGGAAAGAGGAAAUUAGAUGAGAUUGAAGGUGAAGGUGAAACAAGUGCUACGUCACCUGAAGAUAGCAAAGGAGUUGUUGAUCUGAGUGUCAGUCCGCUGAAUACUGUCACUAAUGGGCAAGGCGAAAAUGAAGACAUUAAAAAGGUCAAGCUCUAG